UUUUUGCAUUUUUUGUAUUAAAACUGUGCCGCUGUGAAUAAAAUGAAUGAAAAUCGUGUGCAUUUACGAGUUUACGACCUUCUAGCAGUGCAAGCGACGGUGUGCGUUGCAUAGCAAAGCGAAAUUCUUCAGUGUUUUGUGUGGAAGUCGGUGGACGCGUUUCGAUCUUGAGUAUCUCCUUUAUUUUCGUCGAUCUCGCCUAAAAUUAACACAAUCCAACAGCAAAAUGUUACGGGUCGAGAGUAACACGAAAUUGGAGGGUUACACUGAAUUUGAGGAGGAUAUUUUGUUCGACGACGACGAUCCAGAUUUCGACCACAACACUCCAAUUCACAACGUGCCAAUACUAUUUAAAAAUGACAAAAAUCUUCUUAUCGCCAAGGCCAGGAUAACUGUUUCCACCAAUGUAUCCUCAACCAUGUCUUUGGCAAGUGUACAUCCUUUGGAAUUAAACCAUUCAAGCCACAGUUCUCUACACGCCCUAAGCCACAGCUUGGACGACAUCAACCAGCUCAGCUGGGGUCCAGGUAUCAACCACGACCACGUGAUGACAAUUGAAGAGCUUCGUCUUCAGAUGACGAGCUGCUUUACCUGCGGGGUGUCUUGGACGGACAAACACGUCAGUUUGGACUGCUCAGAGUGCGGGGGUUACGCCUUGGAUCGGCCCUGCAUGGCCUGCGACGGGACCUGCGGGGCCAGCUGGAAGAGAGACUUCACCCAGAGUCAUUCCUGUGGCAAAGCCCGCUGGACAGGCGAGUGCGCGAAAAAAAUCUUCCAAACGCCCCAGGUUGAGGCCUUGGCCCAGGAGUUGAGUACCAGACUGGAAAAACUCAGCGCCAACUCAUGACGCCAUUUCACGCUGUAACUCUCAGGGGUUAGGGCCAAAUCUCACCACAGGGACUAUUUAUUUUGUUAUUUAUGUUUUAUAUUAAAACCCCCAGACGAUUUUUAAUCUUGCCUAUCAAAUUUCGUACGUAUGUGAUAUAUAAAUGAAAAUCUACUAAUUGUAUUAGUAUAAUUAUAUUAUAGGCAGUGUUUUAUUCUCUAAGUUUUAUUUAAUGACUGAAGAAUUGUAUUAAUAUAAUUGAAUAAUUAAAUACGUUGUAAACUA